AUGGCAACUUCUCUAGUGAACGGCAUCCUUGAACGCAACAAGGACUUUGCUGCGUAUCAUAGACCGCACAAGUUCUUUUCUGAGAGUAUCGGUCUCAUAAGGCCUUCCAUACUCAUAAUAACCUGUCUCGACCCAAGAUGCAACCCCGAAGAAUUUUUAUGCCUUAUGCCUGGAGAAGCCAUUAUUUUUCGAGUCGGAGGAGGCAGAGUGGCUCCACUUGUCGCUCAAAUCACCUCCCUGGAUUGCUUCAUUGGUGGUUUCCAAGAUCUCAUGAUCAUUCAUCAUACAGACUGCGGGGCUACUUAUUUGACAGAGGAAAAAAUCCACAACCACGUCUUGAAGGAAGAGGGAGUUUCCGUUGAGGAUGCAAGCAGUUUAGUGCUUCCAGUCAUUGCAGACUUGGAACAAAGCGUUCACGAUGAUGUGAAGCUACUAAAAGAGACAAAGGUCAUCCGCCGCGAGUUGAGGGAGUGCACAAAAGGUUAUCUUUAUGAUGUAAAGACUGGACUCAUUCGAGGUGUUUAA